AAAUCCUAAGUUGCGCUGGAAAGCGCUUCGGCCGAUUACACUCAGCCAUGCCAGAAUGCCACUGAUUCUCUCCCAAUUGUUUACAUAUUUCAUAUAACCAAUGUGUUGAUUUUCUGUACAGUAUUAACAGGUGGAUUUACGGACAUCAUCAGGAAUUCUAACUUAGUGUUUGAUAUAAAUCCAUCGCAGGAAAAAUGGCGACUCUACUGUAUCACGAUUCCAAAGCGCCGAUGCGAAAUGUCAGACGUGUGCAGUUUGGUGUUCUCAGCCCAGACGAAGUGAGGCGGAUGUCUGUGACGGAAGGUGGUAUCCGCUACUCUGAGGUAAUGGAAGCUGGCAAGCCCAAGCUCGGUGGAUUGAUGGAUCCGAGACAAGGAGCCAUCGAUAGAACCUCAAGAUGUCAAACUUGUGCAUGUAACCAAACAGAUUGCCCAGGUCACUUUGGUCAUAUGGAGCUUGCCAAACCUGUCUUUCAUAUUGGAUUCUUAACCAAAACCAUCAAGGUUCUGAGAUGUGUCUGCUUUUUCUGCUCUAAGCUCUUGGUGGAUUCGAACCAUCCGAAGAUCAAGGAGAUCAUCAACAAGACAAAGGGUCAACCCAGGAAGCGCCUGUUGCAUGUCUACAAUGAAUGUAGGAAGAAGAAGAUGUGCGAAGGCGGGGAGGAGAUGGACCAGACCUUUGAUGCUAACCUCACCCAGAGGGAAGGGGAAGAGGUCCCAGAAAAGAAAGUGAGUCAUGGAGGUUGUGGUCGCUACCAGCCUCAGAUCCGCCGCAGCGGUCUAGACCUGACAGCAGAAUGGAAGCAUGUCAACGAAGAUUCCCAAGAAAAGAAGAUCGCCCUGACUGCCGAGCGGGUGCAUGAGAUCUUCAAGCGUAUCUCCGAUGAGGAGUCCAUAGCCCUUGGAAUGGACCCCAAGUACACCCGUCCUGAUUGGAUGAUCAUUACUGUGCUUCCUGUCCCUCCGCUCUGCGUUAGACCUGCCGUUGUCAUGUUUGGAUCAACAAGGAAUCAGGAUGAUCUGACCCACAAGUUGGCCGAUAUCAUGAAGAUUAACAACCAGCUGAAACGAAACGAACAGAAUGGAGCUGCGGCACACAUCAUUGCUGAAGACACAAGGAUGUUACAGUUUCAUGUUGCCACAAUCAUUGACAAUGAACUUCCAGGGUUGCCAAGGGCCAUGCAAAAGUCAGGCAGACCUCUAAAAUCCAUCAAGCAGCGUUUAAAGGCCAAGGAAGGUCGUAUCCGUGGUAACCUGAUGGGUAAGCGUGUCGACUUCUCUGCCCGUGCUGUGAUCACUCCUGAUCCCAACUUGAUGAUUGAUCAGGUUGGUGUACCCAGGACCAUUGCCACCAACCUCACGUAUCCAGAGAUCGUUACGCCAUUCAACAUUGCCAAAUUACAAGAGCUGGUGGCGAGAGGUCACAACCAGUACCCGGGAGCCAAGUAUAUCAUCAGAGACAAUGGAGAAAGGGUAGACCUUCGCUUUCAUCCUAAACCAAGUGAUCUACAUCUUCAGUGUGGAUACAAGGUCGAGAGGCAUUUGCGUGAUGAUGACGUGGUUAUCUUCAACCGUCAACCCACACUUCAUAAAAUGUCUAUGAUGGGUCACAGAGUCAAGGUCUUGACAUGGUCAACCUUCCGUCUCAAUCUCAGUGUAACCACGCCCUACAACGCCGACUUUGACGGAGACGAGAUGAACCUUCACGUUCCUCAGUCCAUGGAGACGAGAGCGGAGGUGACGGAGAUCAUCAUGGUACCUCGUAACAUGAUCACACCCCAGUCCAACAGGCCCGUCAUGGGUAUCGUACAGGACUCCUUGUGUGCCAUCAGGAAGUUUACCAAGAGGGAUGUCUUCAUCGACAAGCCCAAUGUGAUGAACCUUCUGCUCUUCCUGCCUAACUGGGACGGUAAGAUCCCCAAGCCAGCCAUCCUGAAGCCCAAACCACUAUGGACAGGCAAGCAGCUUCUUACACUGGUCAUCCCAGACAAUGUCAAUUGUAUAAGAUUCCACAGCGCUCAUCCCGACGGAGAGAAUGGAGGUCCAUACCAGUGGCUGUCUCCAGGAGACACAAAGGUGUACAUUGUCAAUGGAGAGCUGAUCAGUGGCAUUGUGUGCAAGAAAACUGUUGGUGCAUCAGGAGGAUCACUUGGACAUAUCAUCUUUAUGGAGAGGGGUCAUGAGGUUGCAAAGGAGUUCUACAGUGUUGUUCAGGUUCUCGUGAACAACUGGCUGCUCCUAGAAGGUCACUCUAUCGGUAUUGGUGAUUGUAUUGCCGACGCCACCACCUACGAGGACAUCCAGAACACCAUCCGCAAAGCAAAGCAGGAUGUGAUUGAGGUCAUUGAGAAGGCUCAUAAUGAUGAACUCACCCCCACACCAGGAAACACACUCAGACAGACCUUUGAAAACCAGGUGAACAGGCUGCUGAAUGAAGCUCGUGACAAGACUGGAGGCAGUGCCCAGAAGAGUUUGUCAGAGUUCAACAACUUCAAGACUAUGGUGGUGGCUGGUUCUAAGGGUUCUAAGAUCAAUAUCUCACAGGUUAUCGCCUGUGUGGGUCAGCAGAACGUGGAAGGUAAGCGAAUCCCCUUUGGUUUCCGCCAUCGCACCUUGCCUCAUUUCAUCAAAGAUGACUACGGUCCAGAGAGUAGAGGAUUUGUGGAGAACUCUUACCUUGCCGGACUCACGCCGUCUGAGAUGUUCUUCCACGCCAUGGGAGGACGUGAGGGUCUCAUUGAUACUGCUGUCAAGACUGCUGAAACUGGUUACAUCCAGCGUCGUCUGAUCAAAGCUAUGGAGAGUGUAAUGGUACGCUACGAUGGUACGUGUAGAAACAGCAACGAUCAUCUUGUUCAGCUGAGGUAUGGUGAAGAUGGUCUGGAUGGUACAUCCGUAGAGUUCCAGAACCUGGCUUCACUCAAACCCUCCCACAAGGCAUUUGAGAAGAGGUUCAAAUUCGAUUACAACAAUGAAAGGAUGCUGAGACGAUGUUUCAAUGAGAAGAUUGUAAAGGAUGUGGUUGCCAAUGCCCAUGUCCAUCUAGAGCUUGAGAAGGAGUACGAGCAGCUGAAGGAGGACAGAGAAAUCCUUAGAAAGAUCUUCCCCAAGGGAGAAAGCAAGGUGGCUCUUCCAUGCAACUUGGAUCGUAUGAUCUGGAAUGCACAACAGAUCUUCCAUAUCAACACAAGAUUGCCAUCUGAGCUUCAUCCAAUUCAUGUCAUAGAGGGUAUACGGGAGCUCAAGAAGAAGCUGAUGGUCGUGAAGGGUGAAGAUCGCAUCAGUAGGCAGGCCCAGGAGAAUGCCACCUUCCUCAUCAAUUCUCUCAUCCGCUCAACGCUCUGCUCUACGAGAGUGGCCCAGGAGUACAAGCUCUCUCCGGAGUCCUUUGAAUGGCUCCUGGGAGAAAUAGAGACCAGGUUCAACCAAUCUUUGGCCAUGCCAGGUGAGAUGGUAGGAGCCCUUGCUGCCCAAUCUCUGGGAGAACCUGCCACUCAGAUGACCCUCAACACUUUCCAUUUUGCUGGUGUGUCUGCCAAAAACGUAACCCUCGGUGUGCCACGUCUGAAAGAAAUCAUCAACAUCUCCAAGAAGCCAAAGACUCCAUCCCUGACCUGUUUCUUGCUGGGCAAGGCAGCUAGGGAUGCAGAGAGGGCCAAGGACAUCCUAUGUCGUCUGGAGCACACAACCCUUCGGAAGGUGACGGCCAAUACAGCCAUCUACUACGACCCAGAGCCUCAGAGCACAGUAAUCGCUGAGGACCAAGAUUGGGUGAAUCUCUACUACAUGAUGCCUGACUUUGACACGACACGCAUCUCGCCCUGGUUGUUGAGGGUGGAGCUGGAUCGCAAGAGGAUGACAGAUCGCAAACUUAGCAUGGAACAGAUUGCUGAGAAGAUCAACGCCGGUUUCGGUGACGAUCUGAACUGCAUCUUCAACGACGACAAUGCAGAGAAGCUGGUGCUCAGGAUACGUAUCAUGAAUAGCGAUGAAAACAAGUUCCAAGAUGAGGAGGAACAGGUUGACAAGAUGGAGGAUGAUGUGUUUUUGAGGUGCAUUGAAUCAAACAUGUUGACUGACAUGACACUGCAGGGAAUUGAACAGAUCGCAAAGGUAUACAUGCAUCUGCCUCAGGUUGCUAAUAAGAAGCGCAUCAUCAUAACGGAGGAAGGUGAGUUCAAACACAUAGCAGAAUGGAUCUUAGAAACGGAUGGUACGGCUAUGAUGAAGGUGCUCAGUGACCCAGAAGUCGACCCUGUCAGGACAUUCUCCAAUGAUAUCUGUGAAAUAUUUCAGGUAUUGGGCAUCGAAGCUGUGCGUAAGUCGGUCGAGACUGAGAUGAACCAUGUCAUCUCAUUCGACGGUUCCUAUGUGAACUAUCGUCAUUUGGCUCUGCUUUGUGAUGUCAUGACGGCUAGAGGUCAUCUCAUGGCUAUCACUCGUCAUGGAAUCAACAGACAGGAUGUUGGGGCCCUCAUGAGAUGUUCCUUUGAAGAGACGGUGGACAUCCUGAACGACGCCGCUGCUCACGGUGAGACGGAUUACCUGAAGGGCGUGAGUGAGAAUAUCAUGCUUGGCAAGCUAGCCGGGCUUGGUACUGGUUCGUUUGAUCUGCUGCUUGAUGCAGAGAAGUGUAAACAUGGCAUGGAGAUCCCCAUGGGAAUGGGUGCAGGACUAGUUGGUAUGCCUGGUAUGCUGUUCGGUGCUAUGGGUUCCCCGUCACAGAGUAUGUCACCACAGAUGACACCGUGGAACCAAGGAUCUACCCCAGCCUAUGGUGCAAGCUGGUCACCAAUGGGGAGUGGUAUGACACCAGGAGGACCAGGAUUUAGUCCUGCCAGUUCAGACGUCACUGGGUUCAGUCCGGCUUACAGUCCAGCUUGGUCACCGCAACCUCAAUCCCCAGGCUCUCCAGCAGCCAGUCCUUACAUUCCAUCUCCAGCUGGACCUAUGUCACCAAGCUACUCCCCAGCGUCGCCAUCUUACCUUCCAGCAUCACCGGCAACACCGCAGAGUCCUGGGUAUUCCCCUACAUCUCCAUCAUACUCACCAACUAGUCCCGGUUACUCACCAGCUAGUCCAAGCUACUCGCCGACGAGUCCAAGUUAUUCUCCGACUUCGCCAAGUUACUCCCCAACCUCGCCGAGCUAUAGCCCGACUAGUCCAAGCUAUAGUCCAACGAGUCCAAGCUAUUCGCCAACCUCCCCUAGCUACUCGCCAACGAGCCCAAGCUACAGCCCGACAUCUCCAAGUUACUCUCCAACAAGUCCAAGCUAUAGUCCGACAAGUCCUAGCUACUCGCCGACGAGUCCUUCGUACUCGCCCACAUCACCAAGUUACAGUCCAACGUCGCCUAGCUAUUCUCCAACCAGCCCGUCAUACUCCCCAACAUCUCCAAGUUACAGUCCUACAUCACCUAGCUAUUCGCCAACAAGCCCCAGCUAUUCGCCAACUAGUCCCAGCUACUCCCCGAGUUCUCCCAAGUACUCUCCGACUAGCCCUUCAUACAGCCCAACCUCUCCUAGCUAUUCGCCCCAGUCACCCAGCUAUAGUCCCGGAUCACCAAGCUACUCCCCAUCUAGUCCCAAGUACUCGCCUACCAGUCCCUCGUACAGUCCCACCUCGCCCAGUUACAGCCCGACGUCACCCAACUACAGCCCCACCAGCCCGACAUACUCCCCAGCAAGCCCAAGCUACUCUCCCACGAGUCCCAAGUACUCGCCCUCCAGCCCCAAGUACUCUCCCACCAGCCCAACCUAUUCACCGACAUCCCCAAAAUACAGCCCAGCAUCGCCCACGUACUCCCCUACCAGUCCCAAGUACAGUCCUAGUUCCCCUACCUACUCCCCUACAAGCCCCAAGGGUUCUACCUACUCUCCUACUUCACCCAGCUACUCCCCUACUUCUCCCUCUUAUAGUCCUACUAGCCCAGCUAUGGAUGACGACGAUGAUGAAGAUUAGACUCUACUUAAAUAGGAUGGUCCAACAUCUGCUAUUCAUGUUGCCUUUCGAUGUCAUAGCCUGUGCUUGAAAAUGGACAAUGCCAAUAGGCUUUUGAUGAAUAGUCUUGUUACAGCUGUCAAACUAUUAUAUUCUCUGAUUGUUUUAUAUGCUUAAUAGCAAGGGAUAAAACUUUGCUGUUUUGUAAUUCUUGUUAAAAAUUUCUGCUGUUACAUAAGAUAAUACUGAGAAGAAUUAGUUGAUUUCUUUAGAUGUGUGCUUUUAGGUAUUUUAUGAUCUUGAGAAAUGUUUUUGAAUCAGAAUGAUUAUUGUGUAUUUGAUGGUAUGCAUAUCAUAUUAUAAUGAUCAUGAUUUUUUAAAGAAAAAAUAAAGUAUUAUGCAUAAAAUACAGAGAAAAUACCAAUGCCUGUGUUGUCAACUUGAUCUUUAAAAAAAAAACACCUAAAAUGCCUGUGUUAAUUGAACUUACAUUAAAAAAAAAUUUUUAACUAGUAAAAUAAUCAUAUGUUGCCGGUACUCCAUAACUCUUAGCCAAUGAUUUACUGUGUAAAAUAGGUAUGUCUUACUGUAUAUUUAUUCUGUUUGUACAUUUCAGUCUCUGACUGCAAGUUUAUAUCCUUAGGAAAAAACAAGUUAUAUCCCCGGCUCACCAUGAAUUGUUUGCAUCUAUCAUUUAAGGAUGCUUGAAUAUAAAAAGAGAACAUUGAAAUCUAUUUUAUCCGACAAGUACCAGUUUACACGACAGUUUCCAUAGGAACAGUGCCUCUCAGCCAAUCAGAAUCAAGGAAAGAUGUCAGAUCUGACAACUUGUCGGAUGAAAAUAUUGAUGAAACGCUCAGGUUUGAUUCAAGUGUUCAAAGCACUUGAUGAUGACGACUUACAAAAGAACUUGAUUAUGAAAAGACAAGAAAAGGAUUUAUGAAAACGGAAGAAACGUAAGAUGUACUGUUCGCCUUGCAUAUUUGAUAUAGUUUUUGCUACGCAUUUGUAUUUUGUGGGUUCAUUCAUAGGUGAAAUUAAGUUGACAAAAUUUAGAAGGUUAAUUCACACUUUGUAGGGAAUGCUUUUCCUUGCUGUCAAGCAAAAUCCCUAUUCAGUGAGAGGUAUGACAGGUGUGCAUGCUAUAGAAACCCAGGUUUCAAAGCUAUAAAUCGAGCCUUCAUUGCGUGGCUACUGCAGUAAAUGGCAAUUCAAAAUUUGUAGAUAUGAUUAAUUGAUUGAUUGAUUGCCCAGUAAUUAUUGGAUCAAAGCUAAUUUGUUGAAAAUUUGUAAUUUGUGAAAUGACUACUUUAUAAAGUGAAAAUGGCUGGGUGUUGAAAUUGUCCUUGGCCAUUCUCUAUCAAACCCGAUGUCAGUUUAACGAUUACAUGUCAUUAUGUCUCAAAGUGGAAUUACCAUGGUCUUAUAUUGUAAGAUAUACGAGAGUGAUGCAAGGGUGGUUUAUAAAACUGCUAUGUCAGAUUCAUAAGGACAUAUUGUUUAGUGUAAGAAAGGGUCAUGAGUGCCAUGUGAAGUUGUGUGUGAAGUAAUGCGUAAAAUUACAAACAGCUUAAAGAAGAAGCCACCUGAAUCUAUGACUUACAAUAUGUUCAUUAAAGAUGCCUACCUUUGUAUGUAGCCAUUUUGGGAACAAUUGUUCCAUUGUCAUAAUAUAUGAGGUAUCCUGCCAUGUCUUGUUCUGUUUUAAAUACCAUAUUAUUAUACACAACUAUACAUUUAUGUGCAGCUUUGAAAAGAAGAAUACAAGAAUCUUCUUUGCAUGCACUACUAGCCAAUUAUUUUGCCAAAGAUCUACCGGUACUCAAAUGAAGCCCACAUUUUAUGCUCGCAAAUUUGGCUGAUUCUAAGGUAAAUACUCUGAAGUAAGCCGUGUAAAUGCACUGAACUGACACAGUUGUAUUUUGCAGCUUAUUAGCUUUCCACUUUGGCAUAAUUCAUCAAUUGAUUUUAAUGCUGAUAAGGUCAUUAAUUAUUGUUCAAGUAGAAGAAUAUAUUUUGGUGAAAGCUACAAGUUAUUGUGUGGGUGUAUAGCACUUAAGGCUGACCAAUUCAGUUUUAUUUUAAAACUUGUGUAUUACAUAGAAUGUUUGAGUUUCUAGUAUUGAGAAACAACAUUGAUACAAUAUUCACUUUUUUAUUGACCGUUUUUUGGUGACCAAUAUUUUAACAAAUCAGUUUCAUUUUUAGCAAUUAGCAUGAGUUUUGAUAAUUUGAAUUAUUCAACAUAUUUUUUGCCCGUUUUCCAUCCUUUGUUAUUGAGAGAUAUUUAAUUGAACAGAGCUCUCAACUUUCAAUAAGUGGGAAACUCUUCAUUUAAAUGCACAUUUAAACACUACUUGGCAUCAUGAUACUAAAAGCACACACUUAAUUCCAUCUUUCUGCUUUAUUUUUUUAGUAUUUCUUGUAACAGAAUAUGAAAGAAAUUAUAUAAAUGUCUGUGUACAUACUUUAUUUCUAUGAUAAAUGUUCCAGUACAGGAAUAACAAUUUUCAUAAAGAAUUGUACAGAAGCAGCAAGCUAUGGUCAGUUGCAUUAUUUUCAUGUAAUGAAUAAACUAAAGGUAAUUUGUAAAUCUUGAAA